AUGACAUCGUCCAGUAAUAACGAUGAUACUACAUCAAGUGAUACUGAUGAUGAAUCAGUUUUUUAUGAUGCGAAUAGUAGUCCAACUAAUAAUGACAUAAAAAUAUCACUUCAACAAGAACCUCGAUGGAGAAUACCAUCAAAACAAGAAUCAUUAAAAACAUCUGAAAAUUUUUCUACAAUUCCAUUAACUGAGGAUCAGCUACAUGAUAUUCAAAGACGUGAUAAACUUCAACGAUUACGAGAUCAUGAUAAUCAAAAUAGUCCAACUAUAACAAUUAAAUCUCCAACUGAAUCACCACAACUCGCACGAUCAACAAUAGUAGAACAAAAAUUAAAUGAUAAUAAUACAUCACCAACAUCUGACGAGCAUGUUGAUAAUGAAUAUAAUAGACGUCAUAAACAGAGUUCGGCAUCUACAACAUCAAAACAAACAUUCUCAUAUGUUUCUCCUGCAUCCAGUGAACAAUGGUCACCUGCCUACUCAACAUUAUCAAUAGCAUCAGCAAGUAAUACAAGUGGAUAUUAUUCAAAUAGAAACAUAUUAUCAGCUAGUAGUGAACCAAGUAUAGUUGAUUUACAUACAAUCGAUCGUAUAACAAAAUAUGGUGAAUUAUCUCCCAAUAGUCGAAAAUUAAAUGAUGAUGAAAUUCUUCAACAACCCAUUGUACGUAAUCUUGAUAAUGGAAAAUAUAUGCCAUUAAUUGAUGCUAAUCCAAUGACACAAACAAUAUUGGAACGUGUUCGUCGUAGUGAAAGUAUGAUUCCAUCACGUCGUGGUUCAUUAAUAAAUAGUAGUCUUAGUUUAAGACAAAAAUCUAUCGAUAAUCUUAGAAAAUCAGCAAUGAAUCUUUCACAUAAAACUUAUCAUAAUGAUGAUAAUGAAUCGACAUCAUCAGAAUCUUCAAAUCAUACAGUAGCUACAUCACCACCAAUAAGUAAUCAAUCAUCACCAACAACUGUACGUCGAGGAACAUCAAUAAGAAAACAAUUAGUACAUUUAGUUGCAAAAAAUAUUUUACGUAAAGAAAAAAUAAAAACAAUUGAUGAUCGUCAUGAUACAGGUGAUGAUGAAGAAGAUGAGACUGGACGAGUAUUAAUAAAUGAUGGUUCAAAUGGUGAUUUAAAAUAUAAAGCAUCAAGAUAUUUAAAAGAACCAGCACAAUUUGAUAAAACUCAAUUAUUACAAACAAUUGUUAAUGCACAUAGUGGACCUAUUUGGUGUAUGAGAUUUUCUCCUGAUGGUCGUCUUCUUGCAACAGGUGGUCAAGAUAGUUUACUUAAAGUUUGGAUAUUUAAAUCAGCACAACCUUAUUUUAAUGAUUUUUCUCAAUUAUCAUCAAAUUCGUCACAACAACAAAAUGAAAUUUUAGUAAAUAAAUUUAAUGAAUUUCAUCGAACAGUAUCGUCAGAAUCAGCAAUACCAACAAUUAAUGCCAAACUUGGUCUUAAUGAAAUACAAGCACCACUUUAUACAAAACCUUUUUGUGAACUUGCUGGACAUCAAGCACCUGUACUUGAUGUUGCUUGGUCAAAAUCAUUAUUUCUUCUUUCAUCAUCAAUGGAUAAAACAGUUCGUUUAUGGCAUUUAAGUCGAUUAGAAUGUUUAUGUUAUUUUCGUCAUGUGGAUUUUGUUUCCGCAAUUGCUUUUCAUCCACGAGAUGAUCGUUUUUUUGUUUCGGCAAGUUUAGAUGGACAUGUUCGUCUAUGGAAUAUUCCUGAUAAGCGUGUCGUUCAUUGGACUUUAAUACCAGCGCAAGCAUCAUCACAAAUAACUGCUGCUCAAGCUAAUUUAAUAACAGCUGUUAAUUUUUGUGAUGACGGUCGUAAAGUAACAGUUGGAACAUUUGAUGGUCGAUUUUUACUUUAUACUGAUUCAUUACGCUAUGAUACUGUAAUGAAUAUUGGUGAUAAAGAUGGUAGUCGAAGUCAUCGAUCAAGAAAAAAAAGACGAAAACCAUAUAAAAUUACUGGCAUUGAAUCAAUGAAUUCUAAUAAUUCAAAAGUAUUAAUUACAUCAAAUGAUUCUCGGAUUCGUUUAUAUAAUAUUCGAACAAAAGAAAUUGAACGUAAAUAUCGUGGUUAUUCUAAUCAAUCAAGUCAAAUUCGAGCAUCUAUAAGUCCUGAUGAUCAAUAUAUUAUUAGUGGAAGUGAGGAUAGUUGGUUUUAUGUAUGGAGAACUGAACCAAGUAUAAAUGGUAAUGUCACAUCUACAAAUGCGAAAUUAACAAAAAAACAACGACGCUAUUUUGAUCGUGCUUAUGAACGUAUUCGAGUUCAUAAUACAAUGGUAACUUCAGCAAUUUUUGCACCAAAUCCAGUAGUAAUUAUGAAUCAAUUAUAUUCAACAAAUGAUUUUUCACCUAUGACAACUCGUUCUACUCUUCCAUCCCAAACUCCAGUUUUAAAUAAUAGUAAUCGAACACGAUUUAGUUGUUUAUAUAAUUCAACAAAUUCAUCAGACGGAUCUAUAUCAUCAAAUAUUAAUGGCCCUAUUUAUGUCAUGGUUACAGCUGAUUCCAAAGGUCAAUUGAAAUUACUUAUUAAUCGAUAUCAUCGUUAA